ACCAUUUUAAGAAAGCAGUUGAAAAGGAACAGGAAACAAAUAACGUUGAUGUUAAUGCCGUACAACAAGUUGUGUUCACCAAAUGAGUGUAAUUUACUCCAGCAGAAAAAAAAAAUCCGACUCUUCAGGACUUCAAAUCUGUCUCUUGCCCACUUUCCUAAUAUCCAAAGAUGGAGAUCUCUGAUCUGGAAACAGAUAAAGGGACCCCACCUUCAAAAAAAUGUACAAUUCAGACUGAGCGAUCAGAAUCACCAGCACCCAGCUGUGUCUCCAUGAAGAGUGAUGCAUCUAUUCAUCAUUUUGAAGAUUUUAAAGCUGGAGAUUCUUCCUCUGUAUACAGUGUUCAGCAGAAUUCAGGAGACAAAAUUGAAAAGAUCAUCAACACAGAAAGAGGGCCUGAUGGAGAAUCUGCUGUAAAUGAAUUCCAGAAAAAGUUCAAAUUAAAUUUGCUGGAAAAAUAUCAGUGUUUGAAUGACGUGAUAGUAAAACAGGAACACCGAACACCGCUGAAUGAAAUCUACACAGAGCUCUACAUAACAGAAGGAGACAGUGGAGAUGUUAAUAAAGAACAUGAGGUGAGACAGUUGGAGGCAGCGUCCAGGAGAACAACAACAGAGGAAACACCAAUCAAAUGCAAUGACAUCUUUAAGUCCUUAUCUGAUCAAGACAAACCCAUCAGAACUGUGCUGACAAAGCCCUUAUCUAAAAAACCCAAACCUAUCAGAACUGUGCUGAAAAAGCCCUUAUCUAAAAAACCCAAACCCAUCAGAACUGUUCUGACAAAGGGAGUUGCUGGCAUCGGAAAAACAGUCUCUGUGCAGAAGUUCAUUCUGGACUGGGCUGAAGAAAAAGAAAAUCAGGACAUCCACCUUAUAUUUCCACUUCCUUUCCGAGAGCUGAAUUUAAUGAAGGACCAGAAAUUGAGUCUGAUGGAGCUCCUUCAUGUUUAUUUUAAGGACAUAAAAAAAAUGAAAAUGUACAAUUCGAAAAAGCUCCUGUUCAUUUUUGAUGGAAUGGAUGAGUGUCGUUUUCCUCUGGAUUUCCAGAACACAGUGAGAGUGUUUGAUGUGACUGAAUCAGCAUUAGUGCCUGUGCUGCUGAUAAACCUGAUCAAAGGGAAUCUGCUCCCCUCUGCUCUCAUCUGGAUCACCUCCCGACCAGCAGCAGCUGAUCAAAUCCCCUCUGAGUGUGUUGAUCGAGUCACAGAGGUACGAGGGUUUAAUGACCCACAGAAGGAGGAGUACUUCAGGAAGAGGAUCAGUGAUCAGAGCCUGGCCAAUAACAUCAUCACACACCUGAAGUCAUUAAGAAGCCUUUACAUCAUGUGUCACAUUCCAGUUUUCUGCUGGAUUUCAGCCACUGUUCUAGAGAGAAUGUUGGGUAAAGCAGAGCGUGGAGAGAUCCCCAAGACUCUGACUCAAAUGUACACACACUUCCUCAUCAUUCAGAUAAACAUCAUAAGAGAAAAGUACUCAGAGAAGCAGGAGAGUGAUAAAGAAAUGCUUCUUAACCUGGGAAGACUGGCUUUUCAGCAGUUAAAGAAAGGCAACUUGAUCUUCUAUGAAGAAGACCUGAGAGAGUGUGGCAUUAAUGUGAGAGAAGCAGCAGUAUACUCAGGGGUGUGUACACAGAUUUUCAGAGAGGAGACUGGGCUUCACCAAAGUGAAGUAUACUGCUUUGUUCAUCUGAGCGUUCAAGAACAUCUUGCAGCUGUGUAUGUGCACCUGAUGUUCAUGAGGGAAAAGAUAAAUGUUGUUCAACAGAGUCAAUCUUCAGAUCUGAAAGAAAUUACAAUCUCAGAUGUCCAUAAGAGUGCUGUAGAUCAAGCAUUACAGAGUGCGACUGGACAUCUGGACAUUUUCCUUCGCUUUCUUCUGGGUCUCUCACUUGAGCCCAAUCAGGAUCUCUUACACUGCUUUGUAACACAGAUGAAAUGUAACUCAGAGAGCAAAGAGGAAACAGUUCAGUACAUAAAAAAUCAGAUCAGUAGAGAUCCUCCUACAGAGAAAUCCAUCAAUCUGUUCCACUGUCUAAAUGAACUGGGUGAUGAUUCUCUAGUGGAGGAAAUCCAACAAUACCUGAAAUCUGGAAAACAAAGUGAACUCACUUCUUCUCAGUGGUCUACUCUGGUGUUUGUGUUACUAACAUCAGCACAGAAGCUGGAGGAAUUUGACCUGAGUAAAUAUACCACUCCAGACAACAUAUCAGAUUGGGUUCUUGUGAAGGUAAUGCCUGUGAUUGCAGAAUCAAGGAAAGCAAUUAUCAAUUGUGGUACAAUGAAAGGUAUAAGUUGGAAAGCUCUUGACUCAGUGCUCAGAUCAACAACCUCCAAUCUGAGAGAGCUGCAUCUGAGUGUGGGUACAAUUGAUCUGUCUAAAAAUGAACUAGGAGACUCAGGAGUGCAGCGUCUCUCCGAUGUACUGAAGGAUCCUCACUGUAAAGUAGAAACACUGAGGUUGAUUAAUUGUGGAAUCUCAGCUGAAGGCUGUGCUGAUCUGGCAUCAGCUCUGAAUUCAAACCCCUCACACCUGAGAGAACUGCAGCUGUCUAAUAAUAAACUAGGGGAUUCAGGAGUAAAGUAUCUCAGUGUUAUAAUGGAGAAUUCUCAGUGUGGCCUGGAGACAUUAGGGUUGUGUUACUGUGGUAUCUCAGAUGAAGGCUGUGCUGCUCUGACUUCAGCUCUGAUAUUAAACCCCACACACCUGAGACAACUGGAUCUGUCUGGAAAUGAAUUAGGAGACACAGGAGGGAAGCAUCUCUCUGAUAUCCUUAAGAAUCCUCACUGUAAACUGGAGAAAAUGAGGUUGCAUAAAUGUGGCAUCUCAGUUAAAGGCUGUGCUGCUCUGGCUUCAGCUCUGAGAACAAACCCUUCAUAUCUGAGAGAACUGCAUUUGUCUAAGAAUCCUAUAGGAGACUUAGGACUGAAGCAUCUCUCUGCUGUACUGGAGAAUCCUCAAUGUAUAGUGGAGAUACUGAGGUUGUUUCAGUGUGAUCUCUCAGGUGAAGGCUGUGCUGCUCUGGCCUCAGCUCUGAUAUUAAACCCCUCACAUCUGAAAGAACUGCAUCUGUCUGAGAAUAAUCUAGGAGACUCAGGAGUGAAGCAUCUCUCUGCCCUACUGGAGAAUCCUCACUGUAAACUGGAGGCACUGAGGUUGUGUAAGUCUGGUGUCACAGAUGAAGGCUGUACUGCUCUGGCUUCAGCUCUGAGAUCAAACCCCUCACACCUGAGAGAACUGCAACUGGAACAGAAUAAAAUAGACGUCCCAGGGAGGAAUCUGCUCACUGCUCUACAGAAAGAUGAAGGUUACAAACUACAAGACCUGAGGCUGUAGAGAACAUCUGUGUUUGUGUGAAGGAGAUUCAGUGUGUUUUCGACAUAAGAGGGACAUAAGUGAUGAGAGGAGUCCUGAUUCCACCUGCAGUUAUCAUGAUCAAUCCUGCAAGGUUGUUCCUGGUCAAACCUCGACUCUGAAAACCAACAUGGAGACAAAAUGAACAUGAAAAUGUUUGGUUUUAUGUUACACCACAAUAUGAAUGAGGACAUCUGAGAUUGAGUGUAUGUUUUUAAACCUUACAUUUAAAUUUUUGACAAUGUUUUAUUCUUUAUUCUGUGUUUGUAACUCAGAAAAUUAUUUUUUUACUGCUUAAUUUUCUACCUUCAAAUGUUUCAACAUAUUAAACUGAUAUAUUUUAAUUUUGUAAAAGUGUACACAGCCGAAAUGUGUUAAUGGAGAAGUGUAAGUAAAAUUUAUUCAAAUACAUUUCAAUUGUUUGUUUACUGUUACAUCACAAUGCAAAGUAUUAAUAUUUAUUUUAAUAAACUAUGUCAUCUUUAUAUAAAUCUAAUAUCUGGUUUACUGUGCAAAAGUACAUCUAAUUAAAUGAAAGAUAUAUUCAUUCAAAAACAUUUCCAUCCCUGUUCCUGUAGCCCUUAUAUACAGCAAACAUAUCUCUUUAAAACAUUUCAUCUCUUUUUUGACUGAUUCUUUUCACCGUAAGAUUGUCACAAUGUUGUGGACUUUGUAUAAGUCCUGUAUAAAUCAUACUUUGAGUUGAGCAGUGUUACACUUAAUAUCUUUGUCACGUUGGGUGACAUUUUGUAUUAUUUAGUGUUUUGAUUUGCCAGAUUUUGCUGGUGUCUGUUACUGUAUAUUGUGUGAAUUGUAAAUGUAUUACACAACAAAAAACCUGUAUAUUUUAUUUUGCACAUUUAAAUGUAUUCCAUUUAUGCAUGGACUAAAUUUACAAAUUAGUGGUGAUAGUAAACUGUGAUACAGUAGUUUUAAUUUUGUUUUUAAUGUUGUUGACAUGCUGGUUUUAAUGUUGUGGUGGACAGAAUGGUCAGUAUGGUCACUUUCUGGUCUUAGGUGGUGUUUGUUGUGGCUCAUCACUGUAUGCUGUGAAUUGAGAAUUUGUGAUAUGUUC